AUGGAGACCGUCCCAGAGACCUCCGAGAUCCAGAUUGCCAAGAGCUCUCCUGAGCCGAGCUCGACCCGGCCGAAUCCCUUUGACGAUAGCGACGUUUCGUCUCGCAAACGCCGGCGCACCUCAGCCUCGGGCUCGCCUUCGGCCUCUAUCGACACAGGCCUGCACCGCUCAGAAUCCGGCUCGAGCCCGUUCUCUACCGUCAACACCAGCGUCACUGCCUUGGAUGACAAGAUAAAGGUCGACCGGGGCUCCCAGCAGCCUCGAACGCCGCCUCAGGCUGCGAUUUCGCCAGCCUUCUCCCCCGAGCCACCAACGUCCAGCCGAGUGACUAUCAAUCUAAGAAAUGCACCCUACAGCGAUUCCACUGCCUCUCCCUCCGCCCCGCAGUACUUUUCUCCUUCGAAAGUCCGAAUACAAACUCCCGAGGAGGACCAGGUCCAGAAGAGCAUCGAGGAAGAAGCCGACCUUGGCCUAGCUCUCAAUGCCAAUGGAGAUCUGGGGCUCGCGCAUGCCUCGCCUGUAGCGUCUCCAAGCCCGCCUGUUGAAGUCAUCACCAUACAAGAAGACGAUAGCGUGGCAGAGGAGGUUGAACUCGUCUUUGACCAAUCCCUCCUAGACGGUCCCAUCGCAGAUCCUACAGUGGAAUUUCCCUACAGCAAUACGCAGAAUACGCUAAUGGAAACAUCGUCUCGCCUUCAAAAUUACUUAUCAUCUCAGCCAUCUCCAGAUCCAGCUGCCAUUGAACAGAUUCGAGAAUGGUUAGACAAGUUUCUCACAUUUGCCAAGCAAAGCAACCCGCAAGUUGUACUCGAUUCUCUUCGAAGCAAUAAAUCUUUCUGGUCCUCUUUUCCAAACAUCAUCGAUGCUACGAUAAACAGACAAAAUGGCCUCUCAACUUUGCCGGGGGCGCAAGUCACGCGGGUAGCUGUGCUUGGCCUUUAUCACACGUUCUUGGCUUUCACAGCGCACCUCUUACUACUCGACUCUCAGUCUAUCCAAGAAUGGCAAUCUCAUAUUCAGCCCGACCCCGAUGGCCCGCUGUUGUUCGCUCCCGACUAUCUUCAUCAGCUGUAUAGGCUGAAGCAAUACCAUGAGCAGCUUAGAGGCGGCGACUUCUCCGAUUUUCCUCUUAAUUCGCCUGGCUAUAUGAACGUUGGAGCAUACUUUAUACGCCAGCUGCAAGCCUUCCUUGGAGGCAGCAUCGAAUUUCUCGGUAGCUACGCGACGGCGCUUACUGCGGUUGUAUCAGUAGUCCCGAGAUUGGUUGAUGUUCUUGCGCCUGUAGCGCAAGUACUGGUUUUCUGUCUGCAUGAACCCGCCGAUCCUGUAGGCUUGGCCUCACAGGGACAGCUAAGAAACAUUUAUGAGCUCUGGAAAUCUCUCUCCUCGCUCCUGGGUGUAAUCAUUGACAAACAUGUCGGCCAUUUAACCAAGGACCGGGCCGCUUCGUUAAUAGAUGCUCUCAGUGAGAUGCUCAGAAUCUGUUUGCCAUGCGGCCACGAUGAGACCAACAGGCUGCUCGAGGACCAUAAAGCAGAAUACCCAGAUCUCGUAGCAUCGGGAGAACAAAGCUUUUCAACGUCGCUGACUGUCUAUGCCAUCAUGUGGGAGUGGAAAACGGACAUGCUUGCGCGAUUGAUUCGUUCAACUCAAAUGCAGCUGCGAGUGAUGGCCAUUGAAAUAAUGAGCACCGAGCUCAUUGCUAGUUGGAGAAGAACCAGUAACCGCGAGAUGGGCCCGCAAGAUCCUUUCCUCAGUCACCAAGGCCGCUACUUGCUUCGGAUAAACCUAGUGGAUUACCUCACUGGUUCAAACUGUCAUCCUGAACUCGUGUCCGGGAGCAGUAAUAUCCUUGGAUUCCUGGUAGUGACCAACAUGUACAGUGCAACGCAUUCCGAUCGUUUGUGGCAGGGCAUCACACAGAGUCAAGAUCCCAGGGCUGCAAAAGCUCUCACCGAGCUAAACAGUUCAAUCACCAAUCUGCUUGAUUACAAUGCGCUCUUGUCUCUUUGUGAGAAGUUCCAAACACUUCCAAUCCAAGACUUCAAUUCAUCGACAAUAUUCUUCUGCAGCUAUGUGCUCAAGGAGCUGAUCUCGAGAUGCCAAAGAGAUGGGAUAACCCCUGGAUUGCUUCCAUAUGAACUCUGUCUCAGGCUGCUGAAGGAGUCGUCAAUAUGCAAGCCAGAUUCUCAGUCGCUCUAUCUGGAAAUUCAAAUCGAAGCCAUGGCAAGAUUGGACAAUCUGGUGACAUUUGGCAUGGACGAUGAGGACCGUAAAAAACUAUACUCCUCCUGUGUUGAAGACCUGGCGGCAAACUCUCCCACUGCAAUGGGCAGUCUAUGCUGUUUACUAAUCGCUAUGAAGGGGAAUGUGGCAAACGAGCUGACUGUACUCAUAGAGCAGUUUGGUUUGGCGAGGCUACUUAUCGAAGAGCUGGCGCAUACUAUCGAUGUGGGCAAGGCUGCCGGCAUGGCUGUGGUGUUCUCUGGGGCCUCGAGCCGAUCAAGAAGAGAAUUCAUUACAAAAAUCAUUUAUCAUCGACCAGAUGCAAUUUCUGGAGACUUGGGAAAGAAACUCUGGGAUCUCUUGGUUGGGACGGCUUGUCUGGGCGACGAGGACAGAAACUCAGGCUGGGAAAUCAUCAUGGCGUUCGACCGUGAGACGGCAGCCAGAAAUCCGUUUCUGCAAUCAUGUUACGCCCUGUACUUGCCCAGUCUUCCUCCUUCUUGCUUUUGCAGGGGAAUGCUCAAUUGCGUCAUUGCACAGGUCUUUUACGCGGUCAACGACAAUGCUGUUGACUGUGCUCUCGAUGACCAGCGGGAUGUAGUACAGAGCGGCCUGGAACAGCUUUGGCGAAUUAUCUUGGGUGCCGAUGAUGCUGAGAAUGCCAGCAUUGGCAUCAAAGCCUUGGCCGUUGACGUUUAUUUGGAAAGCAGAGCGAUUUUAACAUAUCCCUUCAAUCGGGCCCGCCAAAUUCACUCGUCCUUUGUCGACCGCUGCUUGGGCCAGUUAAAAGAUGCCGCAAGGAAGAUCAAGGCGUCAAGCGACGGGAUAUCAAGCGGUGAGGAUGAACCAAUGGUUAUUGUGACAAGUGAGGACGAAAUCCACGAGCAAGAGCGCAUCUUCACCCGAACCCUGCAGCUUCUUGGGCUCUUCGUGGAAACUCACUAUACAAAGCCUGCACUGUGUGCUCCCGAUUUCCGACCGUUUGUCAACCAAGAUCCAAACGAAGUUCAGGGAGAUUUAACGACGCUCCAAUAUCAGACUUUUAACGAUGGCACAGAAACGGAAAUGAAGCCACUGCAUAUCGGAAAACUCAACACGGCAGCCUCUCUAUUAUCCAGCUUGAAGCUCGAAACAGGCUUCAGUCACUAUCGAGUGUUUUAUCAAGGUCAGCAGUUCCUUCCUACCGAGGAAGAAAUUUGCAAAUCUCUGGAGAGCUUGGAGGUCAACGAAGGCCUAAUUCUGGUGAGACGUGAAGAAGACGACUUUGACGCUGUAAAUCCGGUCCGAGUCAAACCAGGCUCAUCUCCCAUCGAGAUUCAGAUACUGUCUCACUUCCAAGAGCUCUGGAUGUAUCUAGGCAUGGAAGAUGCAAUCGCCAAAGAAGUCUAUAGCCUCCUCGUCCAGCUGCCCACUGACGGCGGAAUCAUCGACCUUUUUGAGAGCCCAACAGCCACGCACACGGAUAUUUUCCCACCUGGACAGCCUUACAAAUCACUCUAUGUCAUUCGUGCAUUGACUGAAUACAAUGAAUCAAUUCGCUUGAUAGAAUCCAGCGAUGAGAAGGGGAGGAAGGCUUUAAGAUUCUCCCAGAGCUCAUACGAGGAGGCGUUGAGAAGGUCCUAUUCUUUGGUCGUGCUGGCCAUAUCCAAUGAGAGUUUUCUGGAUCAAAUCACCCCCGCGUUGCAGACUGAGCUCAUGCAAGCCUUGAUGGCAACCUUUGUGCGGCUUCUACAAAACACUUGGGUCCUAUCGAGGCAGUCAGUCCAGGAUGGAGCUACAUACCCGUCUCCAAGUCGUCUCGUCGAGAUUUUAUCCUACGCUUCGGAAUCAACGCAAGAGGGCUCCGAGUCUCUGAUCGACGGGUCGAUUGCUGCUAUAUUGCGGCUCUGUCUCGUUCACAACGCUUUCUUGGAAAGAAUUGCAAACCUUGACUCUUUCACGGACCUUCUCAAGAGCCUAAUACUUUUGGAUCCACGCUCAACAGUAAGGAAUCGUGUUGUAGAGAUGGUAAGGGACGCACUGGAGACAGAAGAGGGCAUUCUCGCCCCAUCCGAAAGUGACGUUGUCGCAUCGUCCUAUCCUCUGACGAGAUUCGCCUGGUCGACUAUUUCAAGCUUCCUUCCUGAAGCAGUCAGUGUUCCUGGCCAAUGUCAUGAGUUUUUUGGCGGUCUUGAAUACCUACUAUACAAGUCUUUCCAAGUCAUGCCUUCUGAACUGGAUACGCCUGCGGUUGCUGCGCAAGUUUGCCAACUGCUGCUCAGCCAUGAUUCAACCGAGUCGCUCGAUGAGCCAGAAUCGCAAGAUGUCUUGGCAAGUGAUCUGUUGUCUAUUUUGCUCGGCUGUCUGCAAGUAGAUGAAACACUGCCAGCUUCCUCAAGCUUGCCUGAUGACAUUGUUCAAGACUUGUUUUGGAGACACCUUUUCCCCAAGCUACGAAGUCAACUGGGACAGCCCGAGCAAAGGGUAUUAUUGAGACCAGAGACUCGACAGAAGCUGUACAGAGCCAUUCUGAGACUGGCAGAAAACAAUCAAGUCGUGCUCGGCCCGUUACUCAGGUCCCUCAACUCUCUUGUUCCUUACUAUUCGGACGAAAGGGAAGGCCAUUACAUAUACGACCUACCCUGCCAAUUUAAUCGCGAAAAGGCUAUCAAGCCCUGCAGCUACGUUGGCUUGCGAAACCUUUCGAAUACGUGCUACCUAAACGCACUGGUUACUCAGCUUUUCAUGAAUACUCAGUUUCGGCAGUUCAUCCUCAGCUUGGACAUUCCACACAACACCAGUUCCCAACAGCUACUGUUUCACGCACAAAAGCUCCUUGCUUACAUGCAAGAAAGCCAUUGCCGAUUUGUAGAUCCCGAACUUUUUGUUUCAAGCAUAAGAACGUACGAAGACACCUUCAUCGACAUAAACAGCCAGAUGGAUGUGGAUGAAUUCUACAACCUGUUAUUUGAUCGGUUGGAAGCGCAGCUGCCGAGGGACGACCAAAGAAGGGAGCUUCGGGGAAUAUACGGCGGGCAGCUUGUCCAACAAAUCAAGUCGCAGGAAUGUACACACGUAUCCGAACGAUUCGAGCCAUUCUCUGCCAUACAGUGCGAUAUCAACGGCAAACGCACGCUUCAAGAGAGCCUCGAGGCUUAUGUUGGUGGAGAAGUCAUGGAAGGUGAUAACAGAUAUAAAUGCUCGUCCUGCGAUCGUCAUGUUGAUGCUGUAAAGAGGGCUUGUCUCAAAGAUGUACCAGACAAUCUAAUUUUCCAUUUGAAACGAUUCGACUUCAGCCUUCGUACAUUUCAGCGAAGCAAGAUAAACGAUUACUUUUCGUUCCCCCGUACGAUCGACAUGCGACCAUACACGAUUGACCAUCUCAGAGACCCAGCAGCUGAUGCGGGGCAAGCGGAUAUAUUCGAGCUCGUGGGCGUUCUUGUGCAUUCUGGCACGGCAGAAUCGGGCCAUUAUUAUUCUUUCAUCCGAGAACGCACAUCAACAGAUGACCAGCCCCGUUGGUUUGAGUUCAAUGACGACAACGUGUCGCUAUGGGACUCGCGCAACAUGGCGAACCAAACAUUUGGAGGCCCUGGCCAACAACCAGUACAUGACUCGAACGGGACAGGGUUUGCUAAAAAUUAUAGCGGAUAUAUGCUCUUCUAUCAGCGCUCCUCUUCCCUCGCUGCAGAGCAGCAGCAAGCGGAGUUAUCCACAACAACGGGGACUGUCGCCCCCGUGCAGGUCGAAGUUCCCCCAGAUCUGAAGGAACACAUCCUGCGCGAGAAUGCAAACAUCCUCAAACGGCACUGCUUGUUCGAUCCCAACUAUAUUGCCUUUGUGGAGAGUUGCUUCGUUCAGGCAAAGUUGCUUGUAAAUAAUGCGUCGCCCAGUCCAUGGCAGCAGCAAAACCAAAAUGCACUCUAUAAUUUACCUCACGGAUUGAAAGAUUUGGCAAUGGAGAUGGCUCUAAGUCACUUGGAUCAAAUAGUGACGCGAAUCGAGAAUAUGCCAGACUUGGAAGAAUUCUCAGCAAUGAUCCGAUUGGCUGUUGUUGAAUGCGGAGACUGCGCGCUUGCGUUCUUUGAGUAUUUCAGUAGGCGCCAUGAGGCUUUCAGAAUGCUCGCCCAACGUCAUCCCGAAGUCGCCGUUCGCAAUUAUUCUUGCAAACUGCUGUUUCUCGCGAUGGAGAAGAUUGCCAUUGAAAUGCCAAAUGUGUAUGAUCCGCUGAGCGCCAACAUUAUCAUCCAGGACGACAGAAGCGACAUUGCUGUCGAUUCCCCAGCCUCGCGCACCCCGUCGUCUCCAAGGUUCUCCGUCUUGGAAGAGGCAACAUCACUCAUUGGCUAUCUCUGGGGACACUUUCAUUUCCAUCUACGCUCCUGGGAUGAGGUCUUUGGUCUGUUGCUCAGUUUUGCGAAGAUGGGCCCACGAGAGGUGGCCCAGCUGUUGGCUAAUGAUUACCUGCUUAAGCUACUGCGCAUCAUUGCGGCCGACACAAUGACGGAACUGCCACCAAAUUAUUCAAAGAUGCUACAGAACAUCUAUCGGCGAAUGCCACGGCCUCCGCCGUAUGCAGCAAUCUUGGAGCUCAUUGAUUAUUUGAUAUCGCAGCUUGAACCCCUCCUAGGCACACCGUACAUCGUCGAUACACCAGAAGAGCGGCUGAACCGCGAUGAGGCACCGUUUCCUUGGACGGCAGAUGAGGUUCAGAUGAUACACAGCCACCCAGAGCGUCAAUUGGGCAGCUUUUUUGUCGAAAAACUAAUCGCAAUUGAUCAAGCUCGCCCCACUACCCAUAGGAUCCUAGGCCGCCUGACGUCGCUCGCGCCUCAGAUGGAUCUGAGAAUCUUGAAUAGUCUGCGACGAAAACUAGAGGCGGAGUCGACAAUGCAGCCAAUGGACCCGUUCCUGCGGGCUGCCGUACAGUAUCUGGAAUCCACACAGUCGGUUGCUCACAGUCGAAGCAUCAUACGCUUUAUCGCUAUGCAGGCCCGGAGCUUACAGAAUACCGAACCGGUAGCCUUUUUGGACUUCUUUAGCGCGGCACUCAAUCUCAAGAGACCGGAUGGCGAUGUUGUACGAGCCAUUGAACAUUGCAGCCUCGAGACACUGCCAGAUUGGGUACCUCAUCUACUCGCAUGCGGAGACGGCGGGGUAAAAUACGACACUGUGCGUUUUCUGGAUGUCGAGCUCUUUGAUCAAGUGUCCAACACAUAUGAUGUGGACGAAGACGAAGUAUCGAUGCUCGAGAGAAGGGAGAAAUUGAGAGAACUUGUCCGGCAAGUAGGCAGAGCCUGCGUGUUUUAUCUACGAGACACGCAUGUCAGACAACGCAAUCCAAUUGGACGCGACACUGCUCUUGUGAUGGUGCAGGUAACAUCCAAAUGCACCCCCUACUUUUCCGAGGAGCCAGGGGUAGAGGAUGAAGGAAGUAUCGAAUUCAAUAACCUCCAGAUCGACACUGCAAAUGCUGUGCGCGCGAUGAUUGUUGAUGAAGUUGAAGAUGACAACUCUGACUGGGAGGGCUCUUACAUGUCAUCAGAUCCGCUGGAUUGCCAGCCGGACCUGGGUGUUCAGCAAAUUGGGGAGCCAGACGAGGCUCUUGCGACAAGAUGA